AUGAAGACCGACGACGAAAGCGGCGUAGAGCCGCUCCCAUCCCAAGGCUCCACGGAACAUCCGACAGAUGUCUCAACCCAUACAUCCACCGCUACCAACGGGGACGCUUCCGAAACGAGCCGCUCCAAUCGACUCAGCCACGAGACUUUGCGGCGGAAGUCAUCGUUCCAAGACAGCCUACUCUUCUCUCAUCCAGCCAUCUCUGCAGGCGCUUCCAAAUCAAAUGGUCAUAGACCGUCAGAGUUCAGUCGAACCCCAGAUACUCCACACGAUGCAGACAGUCCGGUUCUGCCUGACGACAGCAACGAGGAGUCGCCCAUUUCGCAUUCUCGAGAGUCAACAGUGGAGCCACCGGAUUCGAAACGUUACAACGGAAACACGCUCGCGGCACCAGCAGAUGAUGAUGAGGACGUGUGGGAGGACGAAGAGGAGAGCAUUCGGAUGGACGAGGACGGAAACAUCAUAUAUGAGGGUCCAGCAUACGAGGAUUCCGCCUCCGACUUCUCCGACGAUGCUGAUGCCGAGGAUCUCAAGCAGCACCGACGCGCAUAUCGAGAGGCAACACAGCAAUACCGCAAGAGUCGUCGCGCCCUGCUUCUUUCCGGCUUGUCGUCCCAUGCAUCCUCACCCUCAUCCGAAGAGCUGAUCUCAUCCACAGAGAGAGACCACGCAUCACCCAGCCCUGCAGCAUCUCUUUACGAUAGCGAUCGUCGCACUGAUGCACAAGAAUCCUAUUAUCAGCCUCAUCUUGCAGAAGCUGUCGACACCGCCGACGCAGGAGGUCGAGCUGACGGUUUGCGCUACGACUACGAUUCCGGAAGCGAGAAGCGUCGCCGAGAUGGUGCUACGGUCAUCCCGCAAGCAGACUCGAUUCAGAUCAAGCGGGAGCCUUUGGAAUCUUCCAUAGACCAUCGAGCGCUGAAUCACGAAUCGUUCAGUACGCCGAGAAGUGCGCUCUCAGAUCCGAAAACGCCCAACGGCAGGACUCUCGGGUCAGAAUUGAUGAAUGGAUUCGCUGUCGAGCAAAGACCUAGCCGUCCGCCCUCUUCGCCACGGGCACACACCUCGCCACUCUUCCAUGCGCACGUUUCAACACCUACGACUGCUCGCAAAGUCGAUGCUGCGAAAUCGGAAGGACUCAGGCAUCAUCGCUCUGCUCGAGAGUUGGCACCAUCUCCGCUCAUCCUAGACGGCGACGCAUACGAGCCCCUCGAAGCCUACAUGACUCCGAGACUGAGCAUCGCUACGCUUCACGAAGAUGCAUUAGCUGAUCACCCAUCCGGGUCUGAGCAAACCCCCUUCGCUCUUCAAGAGCCCUCGAACAAGGUCAAAGAGUCCAAGCUAGAUCCUGCUACCGCUACGAGUCGACAAGACAACACUCCCUUCAGCUUGUGGGACUAUCUCAAAGAGGAAGUCCUCGCUACCGACUUUGAUGCAACACAAGAGAUCAAGUGGGAAAGGGUUACCAACUUCAUCUCGAUCCCCUUUUGGAUGGAAAAGAUCAUCCUGUUUGGAUUCGUCGUCUGUCUCGACUCUUUUCUCUACACCUUUACCAUUCUGCCGCUCCGCUUCGGCCUCGCUAUGUGGACGUGGAUCGGCAACAGCAUCAGAUGGCUCCUAGGCGGACAGAAGCGGUAUCUCCAUUCCUCGCAGAAGUGCGACAUUCUCAAGAUGCUCCUCAUUGUACUCAGCUGCGUAAUCCUCUCACGCAUCACCGAUGCGAGUAAGAUGUAUCACUCUGUACGAGGUCAGGACGUCGUCAAGCUCUCCGUCAUCUUCAACGUGCUCGAGAUCGCGGACCGUCUCUGCUGCAGCUUUGGACAGGACUUGCUCGACUCUCUCUUCUCCCGCAGCACACUCGCACGUCGCAAAAAUGGCAAGCAGCCCUACCUUCGACCUAUCGGCUUCUUCUGCCUCGGUCUCUGCUACGUGCUCGCCCAUACGCUUGUCCUCUUCUAUCAGCUCGUCACCCUCAACGUGGCCAUCAACAGCUACGACAAUGCCCUGCUCACUCUUCUGCUCUCCAACCAGUUCGUCGAGAUCAAGUCUAGCGUCUUCAAAAAGUUCGAAAAGGAAAAUGUCUUUCAGAUGACAUGUGCCGACAUUGUCGAGCGGUUCCAGCUCACCCUCAUGCUCUCGGCAAUUGGUCUGCGUAACCUCAUCGAGUUGUCGGGCGGCUCGCUCGAGCCUUCGUCGAGCCCUCUCCCCGCGAGCUUCACCGUAUUUCCGAGUCUCAGUCUACUCGAAACAGUCCUCACACCUGUAUGCAUCGUGCUAGCCAGCGAGUGCAUUGUCGAUUGGCUAAAGCACGCCUUCAUCACCAAAUUCAAUCACAUCCGACCCGCCGUGUACGGUCGAUUCAUGGACGUGCUCUGUCGCGACCUUGUCGUGGGAGGGCCCUCGACCAAAGCGAACAGCCGCAAGCAUACCUUUGUCGAUCAGAGUCCCAUCAUCAGCCGUCGUCUCGGCUUCGCAGCGCUUCCGCUAGCGUGUCUCCUGGUGCGGCUCAUUCUUCAAAUCAUUGGCAUGAUCGGCGAUACGAGCCACAUCGACGAGUGCAUCGCGCCUGUCAGUCCGCGCAUCUCUGAAACAGGGUGGAUCGGCGUAGUUGCUCGCAAGCUAGGUGCCAGCGACAUCAACAACGAUUGGGUUCGAGCCUUGGAUCUAUUCGUGCGGGGCUCCGCAUGGGCGCUGACCCUUGUCAUCGCUUGGGCCUUUCUCGUCGCGAUCAAACUUCUCUUGGGCACAAAUCUCGUCAGCUUCGCUUCUCAUCGCUACGCCUCCAUGCACGAGCGUGAGAACGAGGAGACUCUGAAUGCCAGAGACCGAGCGCCGAUCGGGACGAGCAAGGACGAGAGGAGUUACGACAAGUCGCUCGGCCGUUUCAUCGAUAAGCCGGACGACGAUGCGAUCCGCAUCAAGCUCGAUGGCACACACAUGGCGCCGACGUCAAAAGAGCGGGACAGGGAGAAUGACGGAGGUGUGCAGCCAAAGGUCAAGAAGGAGAACUCACUCAUGGAGGUCAGUCGGUACAAUAUGGUCCGUUCACGCAUUUGGUAG